AUGCCGCUCACUGGCCUGCCUCUGGGGGGUCAAUGUGGAGAGGCCACACUGAUGGCGGUCCUAGGGAUGUCCUCGGUCUACCUCUUUCACUUUGGUUACCUGAGCCUGGGAACAGGGUUGGAGAUGGCCUCAGAGCACACAUUGCUGACCCUGAGGAGGAAUCACUGGGAUUGCAGUGAGCCUGGUGACUACUCACAGUGGAACAUUGCCACAGAGAGGCUCAAGUGCUGUGGGCCGAAUACUAACUACACAGAGUUCUCUGGCUCUUCCUUUCAUGUCACAACAGGUCACACCUAUCCCAGGACCUGUUGUAAAUCCAUAGACACUGCCAACUGUGAUGGGCAUGUUGUGUCCUCAGAUGUCAUUCACCAGGAGGUUUUAUUAAGUGUCAUGUUAGAGACCCUAGGAUCUCAUGGCUGA